AUGCGUCCCCAGGACUUUGGCCAAACAGCUCCAGCCAUGGGUAGAGUCAUGACACGAGCCAUAUCCAAAGAAGGAGAACCCAAUGGGACCACCACAUCUCCUGAAGAGAUAGAAAUGGAGGAAAUGGAAGAGAGAGGCCAGUGGCGGAACAAAAUGGAGUUUAUGCUGUCUGUGGCUGGGGAGAUCAUUGGCCUGGGUAAUGUGUGGAGGUUCCCAUACCUCUGCUACAAGAAUGGUGGUGGAGCCUUCCUCAUCCCUUACCUCAUCUUCCUUUUCACCUGUGGGAUCCCCCUGUUCUUCCUGGAGACGGCGCUGGGGCAGUACACAAGCCAGGGAGGGGUGACUGCCUGGAGAAAGAUCUGUCCCAUCUUUGAAGGAAUUGGAUAUGCCUCUCAAGUCAUUGUGGGAUAUCUGAAUAUCUACUACAUCAUCAUCCUGUCCUGGGCACUCUUCUACCUGUUCAGCUCCUUCACUUCAGUGCUACCAUGGGCCAGCUGCAAUAACCCCUGGAACUCAGAUCUCUGUGUGGACAUUCUGAAUAGAUCCAGCCUGGACAACAGGACCUUGCCUUCGAACACCACCUCCUCAAUGAUUGAAUUUUGGGAGAAGCGAGUCCUGGGGCUCACGGAUGGUAUUCACAAACUGGGCACUGUGCGCUGGGAGCUGGCUCUGUGUCUCCUGCUGGCGUGGAUCAUCUGCUACUUCUGCAUCUGGAAAGGGGUCAAGUCCACAGGCAAAGUCGUUUACUUCACUGCCACCUUCCCAUAUGUGAUGCUCCUCAUCCUGCUGGUUCGAGGGGUGAUGCUGCCAGGGGCUGCUGAGGGGAUCAUCUUCUACCUGAAGCCAGACAUCUCCAGGCUGGCAGAUCCACAGGUCUGGAUGGAUGCAGGCACUCAAAUCCUCUUCUCCUAUGCCAUCUGUGAGGGGUGCCUGACAGCUCUGGGCAGCUACAACAAAUACACCAACAACUGUUACAGGGACUGCAUCAUGCUCUGCUCCCUGAACAGUGCCACCAGCUUUGUUGCUGGCUUUGCCAUUUUCUCUGUGCUGGGCUUCAUGGCUCGAGAACAGGGCGUACCUAUUUCAGAAGUGGCCGAAUCAGGUCCUGGCCUGGCUUUCAUAGCAUAUCCAACAGCAGUAACAAUGAUGCCUGUGUCUCAGCUCUGGUCUUGCCUCUUCUUCCUCAUGCUGAUCUUCCUGGGACUGGACAGCCAGUUUGUCUGUGUGGAAAGCAUGGUGACAGCUAUUAUUGACAUGUUCCCAGGAGUGUUUCGGAAGAAGGGGCGUCGGGAGCUGCUGAUCCUGGCCAUUGCAGUCACAUGCUACCUGCUGGGCUUAUUGCUGGUCACUGAGGGUGGCAUGUACAUCUUCCAGCUCUUUGACUACUAUGCUGCCAGUGGCACAUGCCUGCUCUUCCUGGCUAUUUUUGAAGUCAUCUGUAUAGGAUGGGUAUAUGGUGCCAACCGCUUCUAUGACAACAUUGAGGACAUGAUUGGUUUCCGGCCGUGGCCCUUGAUCAAGAUCUGCUGGCUGGUGUUCACCCCGGGUCUGUGCUUGGGUGUCUUCCUGUUUUCCCUGAUCAAGUACACACCCUUGAAAUACAACAAUUCCUAUGAGUACCCACCCUGGGGCUACUUGCUGGGCUGGCUGAUGGCACUCUCCUCCAUGGUCUGUAUUCCUCUCUAUGCCAUCUUCAUCCUCCUGAAAACCAAAGGACCCCUGAAACAGCGACUGAUGCAGCUGAUUUCCCCGGCGGAGGAUCUGCCGCAGCCGAAGAAGCAGCGCAGGGCGGGGCCGUCCGAUCUGAGGCGGGAGGGAUGGUCUCCUCCAGUCCAGGAGGUGCUCAGCAUCACAGAGAGAGAAACCCACUUCUAAGGCACCUGGGAUGUUUCCUUCAUAACCCAGGCUGAUUUGCUCUCUCCUUCCCAAAGUGGUUUCUUUUCCCUUCUCUCCUUCACGACUGUGACGGAAGCAUCUGGGACAAUUCGUCUGCUUCCAGCCAGCUGGUUGCACCCUCUGGAAACAGCAUUUCUUUUACACCCUGGGGACAAGUCUUUCUGCCAGCAGCUGUGCAGGCUGCAGUACACUUUUGUCAGGAGUGCCCUUCAGUGGUGAUACUGGUUGGGAAGAGCUAAACAACAUUGUAGCAAAAAAAAAAAAAAAAAAAAAAAAAAAAAAAAAAAAAAAGACGUGCAUUCAUGUUGGGAGGAGGAAAAGCAACCACAGUGGUGAGGAUGGUGAGAGAGAGAGAGCAGAGAUUAAAGGUGUGAAGAAACCAAGUUAAGAAUGCAAAAGCAUGAAAUGAUGGGGCAUUAUCACAGGAAAUAAGUAAAUUGGUUCAGAAGUACAUAAGAAGAUGGAGGAUGACAAAGGAAAGUGCAUU